AUGAGCGGCACUUCUAUGUCUUGCCCAUAUGUUGCCGGAGUAGCAGCCCUGUACAUCAGCGCGUUUGGAGGACGCCAGAUCCACGGGAAGAGUUUUGCUUUGGCUCUCAACAAGCAGAUCAUCGCCAGUGCUCGCCCACUCAAGUACCACCUCUCUGAGUAUUAUGAGUUGCCGGCGCCUGUCCCACAAGUCGGUAACGGGCUGGUGGAUGCAUUCAAGCUGCUUCAUUCAAACACGACUUUGGACUUUGUACCAAUUGCUCUGAAUGAUACCCGCUACUUCAGCAGGUACCACGACAUUACUGUCAAGAACGGAGGGCCCGAGGAGGUGACCUAUCACCUCUCGGCACAAGAUGCAUAUGGUGUCGAGACGUUGUUCUCAAACAGCGCCAGUCAAGACAAGCAGGUUAAGACUCUCAGCGACUUGAUUCCUCGGAAGUUGGCAGCUGAGAUCAGCCUCCCUGGUGACUUCACUCUGAAGCCCGGUGAAGGCAAGACAGUCUCGGUCAGCUUCAAGAACCCGGAUACGCUUGGCUGGAAUGCGGCAGUACUCCCGUUGUACAGCGGCAGAAUCAUUGUUUCAGGAGACAAUGAUGAAGAGCUCUCGGUUCCGUAUGCAGGUGCCGCGGCCGAUUUGAGAAAGGAACUGACGCCACUGUUCCGUAAUGGCUUCCCUUAUAUUGAGAGCGGCGAUCCUGCAAUCAGAGGAAAGACCUCAUUCACUUUCAACCUCACUCUCGGUGUCCAAGACUUUCCAAAGAUCUUCCAUAACAUCAUCUGGGGCACACGAGAGCUCAGAUGGGAUAUAUUCGAUCAAGGAUGGACUGAGAGACAAUGGGUAUACCCACCGAUCGUUGGCGAAAAAAGCUAUAUUGGGUCUGGUCCCUACUGGGUCGGCUCUGGACAAGCACCAUUCUUUGACCCGAGCAGGUGGGAUCCUGAUGAUACGCUGUCCUUUCCAAAGAUCAACCAAGCAAGAAGCAAUUUCAAUUUUGAGAAUUGGUGGUUCGGAAAGUUGGCGAAUGGGAGUCAGAUUGCAGUUGGCAACUACACAUUGAGAUAUGCCGCCUUGAAGCCUUUUGGCAACCCCUCGUACUCGGACAACUGGGUAGCAUUCACCACGCCGAUCGAGGUUCUGGGCCAGUAUUGA